CGCCCGCCCAGAGGAGCAGCAGGAUGAGAGGUCGGAGUCAUCUCCAGGAGCCCUUAGAGACAGAGUCCCCGGCAGCGGCGGUGACGGCAGGGGCAGCACACCGGCAGAUUCAUUCCAUCACCUAAAACCUGGUAACGGUGGGCCACGCAGAGCCUUACUGAUUUCAGGUGAAACCGUAACUGAAGAUGUCGAGCAAGACAGCCAGCACCAACAACAUCGCCCAGGCAAGAAGGACUGUGCAGCAGUUGAGAAUGGAAGCCUCCAUCGAAAGAAUAAAGGUUUCAAAGGCAUCAGCGGACCUCAUGUCUUACUGCGAGGAGCAUGCAAGGAAUGAUCCUCUGCUGAUGGGGGUACCAACUUCAGAAAACCCUUUCAAGGAUAAAAAGACCUGCAUUAUCUUAUAGACGAGUAGUGAAGUGGUUCCUCCCCUCUUCUCAACAAAGCAAAUGAUGAGCAGCUCCUUGAAAAGACUGACCUUUGGCUUAUUUGGUAACCACUGCUAAUAACUAAAAUGCUCUUAACUAACUUGGAAUCAUGGACUCUGAAGUCUUUGUUUUCUGAGUUGUUCUUUCUCUAAAAUGCCCUUUAAUGAAUUAAUACAGAAUAACAAUCUUGUUUUCCAUUUGUUAACUCUGGUGUCAUAUUGGGUUACUGCUGAAGGAAAGUUGGUCUGGCCUUUUAAAAAAACAAAUAUGUGAAUGAU